ACCUUCACCGCCCGCGCGGGGGGGCCAUAAAAGGGCCCCGCGGCGGCGCGCGCCGCUCCCGCCUCCUGCCCCUGCGCUGCGGCGGACACGGCACGGGCGGCACUGCGGGACCGGCGGGGAGGGCCGGGCCGAUGGUGGGAGGCAGCCCCCGGCGGAGCCCGGCCGCCCGCCAUGCCCUGGAGCGUCCGGUGGGUCGGCGGCUGCGGCGCCCAGUCCCAGAAGCAGUGCAAGAAAUCCUCCUUCGCCUUCUACCAGGCGGUGAGGGACCUGCUGCCCGUCUGGUUCCUGGAGGACAUGCGGACCAUGGAGGUCUUCCACUGGGAGGACGGGGGCAAGGUGAGCGUGUACUCGCCCUCGGAGGCGCUGCUGUACGCGCUGGUGCACGACCACCAGCCCUACGCCCGGCACCUGCUGACUAAGUUCCCCCAGAGCGCCCUGGCCGUGCCCAGCCAAAGCUUCAGCUGCUGCCAGUCGGCCCCACACCUGGCCAUGGCCGUCCGCUACAACCGCGUCCGGAUCCUCUUCCGAAUCCUCAAGGCCAUCCAAGCCUUCCCGCCGGGCGACAGAGCCGGGCACCUGGACCGCCGAGGCUGCAGCCGCGUGGAGGGCGGCAAGACAGCCCUGCACAUGUCCUGCGAACUGGUGCGGCCCGAGUGCCUGCUCCUGCUGCUCGGGCACGGAGCAUCGCCCUCCCUGCGGGACAGCGCCGGGAACACCCCCGUCGACACCCUGCUGCAGCAGAUCUCCCACAUGCCGGCGGCUAACAUGCGUGCCAAGCUCCUCUGCCUCGACUGCCUCUUUCUCUUCGUGCCUCAGGACCUCCAGUUUGCGAUGAAACAGCAACUGUUGGACAACCGGCAGCAGUGGCAGGACCUCCUGGGGGAGAACAGGUUCCAGUGCCUGGUGGGCUUAGCUCCCCCAUCACUGUUUGUCGGAGCCAUGCGUGUCUUGAUCAGGACCAUUUCACCUGAGCAUUUCCCAGAGGCUCUGGACAAUCUGCCUCUGCCUCAUUUUCUAAAGCCUUUGGACUUGAAACUGGAGAGCUAGAGGGGCGGUAUGAGAGCCUCCCGCUCACCUGACAGAAAUAGACUUGUGCUAAAAGUGUAUCAGUAUACAAAGCUGCUAAUGCAGUGGCCAAGUAUCUGUUUUAAUGAGAACUGUAUUUUUAAAAGAAUUAUAUCUGGCACUUUACAGUAUAUUUUAUUUAAAGACCCUUGUGAUGAGGUGAGGGCCAUGCUGCAUUUUAUAAAGAUGUUCUAUAGCAUGUACAAAUGAGGGUAUGUGGAAGAACAUAUUUGUAAAUACAUCUGAAUAAACCAGUGGCAGGUGUGAUCAAAAUACAAAUCAAGCAACUGAAAACCCUGGAGUGGCAUGUGCCUUGGAAGAGCGUGUGCAGGGUGGGGGAGUAUCUUUUUGUUAGGAUUUCCCUGUUACAUAAGCCUCGCCGUCCUGGAACAGGAUGACUCCUUUUUUACAGCUCUCCUAAUACAUCUUGGCAGAGAUGCGGGUUUUUUUUAAAGGCACAGAUGAAAACUUCCUCAUCUUGUACACAAGACCAAAGAGAUGCCAGAUACUGUUACAACUUCCCUAAACAAGCCUACCAGAGAUGUGCAUGUGAACAAAAUAUAUUUUAAAAUAUGCAUAAAUAA